AUGAGCCGAGUGAUAGACUGCGAUGAGGACUCUUUCUUCGGCCGGACCUUAGAUGCCAGUCGCAAAUUUGUCGUCGACUUUACAGCGAGCUGGUGCGCUCCGUGCCGCCAGAUGGCUCCGAAAUUCGAUGAGCUUUCAGUUCAAUAUCCUUAUCUUACUUUCUUAAAAGUUGACAUCGAUAAGUGUCCCGUCGGAGCAGAUAAAUAUGGAAUCAGAUCAGUUCCGUCUUUCGUCUUCCUCGAAGGCACUAAUCAGAUUGAUUACGUUGGCGGAAUGGACCCUGAUCAGCUGGCGGAGAAAUGCAAGAAACAUGGAACCCCUGUAAAAGGCGACCCAGUUGAGCAUGAUCUUGUUUGUAGCCUAGAAGAGCUAUUCGUUGGUUUGACGAAAAAGAUUAAAAUCGUUCGAAAACGUCGUCAAAUGGAUGGUGAUUUUUACGACAAUGAAAAAGUUCUUGAGGUCCCUGUCAAAGCUGGAUGGAAAGCUGGAACUAAAAUAACGUUUGCCGGAGAAGGAGAUGAAGAGGGAAUGAAACUGGCUUCAGAUAUCAUCUUUGUUGUGAAAGAAAAGGAGCACCCGCGUUACACUCGCGAAGGCAACAAUCUCGUUUAUUCUUUUGAUAUUCCCCUCAAAGAAGUGCUUCUUCAUGGGAUCGAGCAAGAUGUACCACUCUUCGAUGGAGAAAGAGUUCAUAGCUUCCGUGCUGAUACUGAUCCGACGCUGAUGGUGGACGAUUUUGUUGUACCUGGAGAAGGAAUGCCAAUCAGCAAAGCACCCGGAACUAGAGGCGAUCUGAUAAUCCGACCAAAUAUUAAACUUCCCUCGUGUGCGACGAUAGACGCGCUGACUGAGGAUCAGAGGGAUUCUUUAGCGGAUAUUCUAUCUUACUAG